UUUGCCGUCUUCCUCACAAUCAUGCCACCACCAGACUCUGACAAGGCCCCAAAGCCUCGCAACCUGCGCGACUACCACCGGCCUCCGAGGAUAAAGCUGGGUGCGGUAGGCAGUCGCAUCCCCGCACUCAGUGCCGAGUCAAAGCGAUGUCUGCGGAACCUUUCAGCGUACAAGGCACCGCCGGAGCGGAUACCCUUUCCGCGUACACGGUGUGCGGCUGUGUUAGUCGCGUUGUUUGUCGGGAGGAGGGGGGAUCUACAUGUCUUGCUGAGCCGGCGCUCCUCGACGCUGAGAUCGUACGCCGGAGAUACCGCGCUGCCCGGUGGGAAGGUCGAUCCGGAUGAUGGGUCAUUGGAGGAUGCCGCGGUAAGCGAUCCCUCUCUUCGUCGGAUAAGGAAACCUCAGUCUCGAAGCGCAGGGAGGCAUUUGAGGAGGUAUGCGUGCAGUGGAAUGAUGAAGGGCAGGUUUCUGAACGUCUGCCCGUGUAUGUGUCAGAUUGGCCUUCCAGCGGACAAACUCAAGGUCCCAUUACUAUGCAUUCUGAGUCCCGUCGUCGCCUCCAAUUACCUCGUCGUCACACCUGUGGUCGUUCUCAUCCUUGACAACACUCUGCGUCCGAUCCUCAACACCGCAGAAGUCGCAUCCCUCUUCUCGCAUCCUCUGGCCUCUUUCCUGUCCUCUUCCCCGCCGUUUUCUACCGAGCCAGAGCUUGUCGAAGUCCCGUACCACACCACCAGUGAUUGGCGCUACCCCGGGCCAAAUGGCCAGAUGUACUUCUCCCGUGGGCACCGGUUUCUGACCGGUCGCGAGGCCGGUGGGAUCAAGCCCGUGUUCGGGCUCACUGCCGCGAUUCUAAUCGACGCUGCAUGCAUCGCUCAUCGACGUGUGCCAGAGUUCGAGCUCACGCAUCCGGAGGGGAUGACGCGUGAGGCCCGGCUGGCGUGGAUUGUCUACAGCCAGCCGGCCUUCCGGACGGCGUAUGAGGUGGAGGGCAUUGAGGUCGAUUGGGAGCAGAUCCGGAGGCUGGCAGGCGUGGUUGAUGACCGGGGAGAUAUUGAUCGGAAGGGGGACGAGAAGAAGGAUACUCUUUCAAAACAGCGGAGGAGGAUUCCAAAAAACAAAAGUAAGCUCUAGUCGUGCAACGCCCGAGUCAAUGUCGUAUCUGCACAGUGCUUCAUCUGUGCAUCUGUGCUAUGGUGCAGGGCCGAGCCUUACAUAUGGGAAGGAAUCUUCAGAUCAAUAAUCGUCGGAGAUUUGCGAGAACCUCCGAACUAGAUGAGGAUGAGUAUUGAAAUCAAUGCUUGGGAACCCACCACGAAGGCUCGGAGCAGACGCACGUGGCGGAUCAGAUUUUCAUCGGGAAAACCGAAGCUUGU